CAUAUCCGAGUGCCAUUAACACAGAUGCAGUACCAGCCGUGGUUUUUGUAAAUGGCUUUAUCCUUUUAAACAUUUAUUUGCGAAAAAUUUGUGCUGAAGUAUUAACAGAUGCUGGCGUUAUGAACCUGGAUGACCCUAAGUUGUGUUAUAUUCUCGAUGGAAUUCUCUUUGUUUAUGGGAUUAUAGUCACUGGUCUCUACCUUAAGCUGAGGCUGACCAAGGCAAAAGGUAAACAUGAGGAUAUUCCUGCAAACCAACCAAAUGUAGAAGACCAAUAUCAACCCUUGCAGAAGAGAGAUCAAGACCCAUAUUCCCAACUUGGCUUUAACAAAAGGAACCAGGACACAGAGGCUGGAUUUGGAGCAAAACAUAGAGAAGGUGCUGCUUAUAAUGACACCUAUUCCAAACUGAAUCCUAAGAACAGAAGUGAGCCUUAUGGUGAACUCAAACCAACUCAGCAGCCCAAGCGAAGAGGCAAAGGAGGGAAUGACAUUUACCAGGGACUGAGUGCAGCUACGCAGGAUACGUACGACCAACUGCAAAUGCAGCAAUUACCAGCUGUGCCUCCACCCCCUCGUCGCUGAGAUUCUGAGAUUGAUGUUCAAACACCAUGAAUACCUUUAGGAUUAACUCCACUUUACAUGCACCAAAGUUAAUGCUGUUUGGGGAAUUGUUCUUGAAAAAUCCAGUUUUUUUAAAAAAAACAUUUGCAUGAUUUAAAAAUAUCACCAUGAAGGCAACACUCUGAGUGACGGUUUCAAUGCCUGAAAUUUUAUUUUCCUCUAUGGAUCAUUUGUUUUGAUUGAGGUUUUUCAGGUGGUAUGGAAUAGAUUAAGUCUACACACAUCAUUGAAAGUCUUUUUGGUUGUAUUUUUGCAUAGGCUUACUGAAUCUAUGCAAUAUGAAAAAAUAAAGGAAACAAACAUAACUAAAUGGAAAUAGGUAUUUUAAAUGGUAAAUGGCCUCUAACUGGACAAAAUGUAAAGAGAUAGUAUCAAAAUAGAAUUAGGGUUUUCAAUCCUUUUUCUGAAAACUGAUUAAAAUUCAAUCUGAAAUAUGCAUUAGUUUUGUAUUAAAACACCUACAGAUACGGAGUUGUGUAAAUACCAUUACAAAUGCAAAGUAACAUGAUCUUUUUAACUGUAAACAUUUUGUUUUCGCUGUCCACUGAAUUCUUACACUUCAAUGAGAUUGUAGAAGUUGCGGUGAUAUUGUUUGAGAUUAGGUUUUUAGAUGUUACCUGGCAGUAUCUAGUCUCAGAUUUCUUGUUGAAACAAAGCGAAAUGCUUGGGUUGAAACACAAAACAUAAUUUACCCAGAGUCUUCUAAAUGUUAACAUUGUUAGAUACAAAAUACAUCACGAUUAUUUCUAAGCAAAUGAUUUCAGCACGUAAAGGUAUUCAUGUAGGGCUAAACAUUCGGAUAAAGCUUUAAGUUUGGCUAGAAAUUUAAAAGUUGAUUUUAAAUCCCUCCAUUAUUUCAACAUUUAGACUUUGAUCUUAGCUUACAAAGCAAAAAAAUAUAAUAUACGACACAAACAUACAUUUUAAUGAAAAUAUAUUUAUUCAAAAUUAGAUGAUCAGGGAUAUUCCAAAAUGAAGAAAAAGCAAAGAAUUAAUCAUCUGCGAUCUCCCAAAGUUUUCAUGGUUGUGUUCCUUUAUACUGUAUUAAGUUUUUCUGUUACUCAUGGUCUUUGGCCAAGUUGUGUAGUUGCUGCCUAUGUAUUCAAUACAGGAAUGGCUACUUAGCUUGUGCGAGUGUCACUUUUUAAAAAUGAGUUAUCAAGAUCCAAAAUAUGCUGCCUGAAAAGGUUGCAAAAGCAGAGCCAAUAAUGACUUUCACAAAUAUUUACUUGAAAGGGUAAGACAUCAGUGUUAUUAAGAGGUGGUGAAGCAGGUUUGCUCUUUCAAACAACUGCUACAGGGUAUAAUAGACUGGGGUUGUUUUCUUUGGAACUGGCAGGGUUGAUAGAGAUUUAUUUCAGGUGUACAAAAUGAUGACCUCCCUAGAUAGAGUGGAAAGAAAGAUUUAUUUUUCUCAGUAGAGAGGUCAAUAAUGAAUAACAUUGACUUAAAGUAAUUGGCAAAAACAUUAAAGGAUAGUUGAGGAGAAUGCUUUUCACCCAAAGGGAAAUUGGGGGUAUGGAACCCACUGUAUGAAAGAGUAAACAAUGUAGAUAUCCUUAUUGUACUUAAAUUUUUUUUCAAUAUGCACUUGAAGUGCCAUAGAUUACAGGUUAACAGAUUAAGAGCUGGAAAGUGAGAUUAGGCCAAAUGGGUCUUUUUUUUUCCCUGUCAGGAUCAACAUGAUGUGCCUAAUGUGCUGUAAAUUUCCGAUGUUUCUUACAAGCAUGUUUUAACUGAAGUCCUCCUUCUGUGCUUUAAAUUUCAAUUAUUAUUGUGGUUACAUUAACGAUCAAAGCAAAGUUACAAAGCUUCAGUUUCUGCGUGUGGGUAACAUUUUCAUAAGAACAAACUGACUCAACUACAGCUACUACUAAUUACCUUGAUGCCUAUUAACCAACAUUGUUUCAUUUACUAUCCUGGAAAUAAGGUCCUGUUUGCCUAGUAAUGUAGCUUCCUUUAUUGUCUAAAAAUUACACCUAAUUCACCAUAAUCUUAAUUGUAUUUUGAAUGCACAGACAAAAAAAGUUUGCUAUAAAGUAAUAUAUUCACGAACAAAUUAAAUACCACCUUAUUAGGUUGUGCAAUUAGUUUCUAGUUUUGAAAUGAAUGCACUACCUGAAGGUCUAUAAAAGGAAAUGAACAGAUAAUCUUCCUUCUCAAGAAAUGUAACUAGCUGUUUGAUUGUUACAAUUUGAACGAAUAAUCCAGGAGGGAAUUUGUUAACUUAUUUUGAAUGUGGGCCUAACUAUGAGAUUUUUUUUGCUUUGUUUUAUGGUUGUUUAAAGGAAAUUUUAACCAUUGUUCACUUUACAAUUUCAUGUAUUUAAGAUGUAAUGUUGUCUGUAU